GAUCAACCAGUUUCUCUACUAGCCUCUUUUCUUCCUCCUUUUCUUCGUCAUUGUUCUCAAAUUGUUCCCUUUUUCGUUAGUAUUCUGUAUUUUUGUGAAGAAAAGCCAAUUUGCAGAGCAAGAGCGUCUAUAAAAGAUGGCGCAAAUUGCAUUGAAGGUUGGCGAUAGAAAAUAAAAUCUGAGCGAUUCUCCGUGCCUAUCAAAUCUCUUUCGUUUUGAUUAUGGCCUCGAACAAAUCGCUACAUUCAAUUCUUCUUCUUCUCUCUCUCUCUCUCUCUCUCUGAAAUUCCGAUCUUAUUUUCUAUGCACUUUUUUUCUGUCUUUUGGUUGUGUUUUUAAUGGGAGAAGGACAGCACAUGAUUUUAGAAAUGAAAAGAAAAAAGUAUUGUUCGGAGAAUUCCCCUGAAGGCUGUGUAAACUUCAUAACCAGAGCAGCCAUUGUCACACUGAAGCAAUUUAGAAUCUCUCUGCAAACAUAAAUGGUUCGAUCCUAACAUGAUUCUCACUUUCGGAAAACACCAACAUGCAGAGGUUUAUACCCAGUUAUCAAUUUCUAUUUGAUGGUAGUGAAAUGUGUAUACUUUUAAUACCAUAAUCAAACAGAAUAAACUGAGCAAAGAAGAUCGGCGGAGUCAAGCAGGCUGAUAUCCUCCACUGCUGAAUCACAUUGCAGAAUUCAUCAGGACCAGUUAAUCCUGAUGAAUUCAUCAGGACCAGAGGUUUAUACCCAGUUAUCAAUUUCUAUUUGAUGGUAGUGAAAUGUGUAUACUUUUAAUACCAUAAUCAAACAGAAUCAACUGAGCAAAGAAGAUCGGCGGAGUCAAGCAGGCUGAUAUCCUCCACUGCUGAAUCACAUUGCAGAAUUCAUCAGGACCAGUUAAUCCUGCUUCAUGCACAUAAUCUUCAACAUUAACAAAAUGAAGUGCCUUGAGUCAGGGGACUCCAAUUGUCCCACAACAAAUCCUACCACACCUGAAGGCCACACUCCCUAUGCCUACUCCUUAUAACGUAACUCCUAAAGCAAGCAUGAGGACUGUAAUUAACCAGAAACUUCUUUCAAUAUCUGUUUAUGAACCAAACCUAAUGGAUUCUAUUUUCGAAUGGAACGCAUUUAAUUUUCAAAUCAAACAAUACACACACACACACACACACACACACACACACACACAUAUAUAUAUAAUUGAUGAAGUGAAACUAUAACAUUGGCUUUUCCUGAACUGGGUUGUAAAAUAGUCGGCCUGGCACCUCCACCUUUUAAAUGGUACUGAAACUUAAAAUUUAUUGAUUUAACACUUGCUUCUUAUACCUACAAGGCUAUUUCAAAUGAGACAUGCCACCAGACCUCUCUCCCUUGCUUAAUUGGAAAUUUUUGUCUACUUGGCUGUUUAUCGUGUGGAUAGACCUUCGAUCCAACCCCUAAAGCACACUUGGCUCUAAGAAAUCAGAGAGAGGGAAAAAACAAAAAACAAAAGAUGCUUCUUGAUCCUGGGUAAUCAAAAAGCCCGAAAGAUUAUGAUUUUAAUGGAGCUUAUGCAGUGAAACUUGCUCUCAACAAGUCACCUGAGCCUGGGGUAUUUUUUUCAUCAGCCAGCAGCUGAGUAACAAAGGGAACAGGGUGGAGAGAUGGAGGUGCCUAUCAGUAUCAUCUUCUACUUCUAGAAUAAACUUGCAGUCCUUCGAUGAUAGGAAGUUUGGUUGUUAGGUGAACCGAUUGCAUCUUCCCAUCUCAUUUCAGGUCAAUUUCUGCUCUGCAGUUGCUAACUUGCUCAAGGAUUUUAAGGACGUACAUACAGCUUGCAACAAUUUUAGGAAGAUUGAAAAGGCGAUCCUAGCAAACACUGUACACAUAGGCCUCGACAGUCGAUAUGUUAUAAUAUGAUGAUAUGUUAUGGGUUUAUUUUAAGAGUUUUUCUGCUUGUAAGUCUUGAGUGCAAUACAUCUUCCACGUUGUUGAUGUGUUAAGAUCCCUUUACACAGACUUGCAAAUAUUUCUUUUUUAAAAAAUGUUAAGAGAUUCGUAGACCUUACCUUACCUCGGUACACAUAGCUUGUUUAGUUUACCAAAUACACCGCAAUUGGAAAUGAUGGGCAUGUAUAAAUCAGUCCCCUCCACUGAUCAUGUACUCAAAGCCAUGCAACUCAAAACUACAACCUAACCAACGAUUUUACAUCGCUACUAGGCUUCUGAGACACACCCAACCAAAGCUAUUCAGCCACUUCCUUCAUUCCAUGGCCUUUAGAGGGAUUGACAUGGCUCUAGUCGUGGUCCUAGUUAGCAUGCUAUCUGCAAGAGCUGCUGCUCAAUCAGGCUGUAACAGUGUCCUCGUUGGCUUGGCUCCAUGCCUCAACUAUAUCACAGGAAGCUCCUCAACCCCAUCUUCUUCCUGCUGCUCACAACUUGCUAGUUCCGUACGAUCCCAGCCACAGUGCCUUUGCACGGUGCUUAAUGGUGGUGGUGCAUCAUUGGGUAUAACAAUCAACCAGACACUUGCUCUUGCGCUCCCAGGUGCUUGCAAUGUGCAAACUCCGCCGGUUAGCCAGUGCAAUGCUGCUAAUGGACCUGCAGCUGCUAAUGGACCUGCACCAUCCCCUGUCGCUUCCCCACUAAGUUCACCCGAAGGUGCACCUAAUGACUCUUCAGAUCAAACGCCAAACCCUGCAACUAGCUCAUCGGAACCAGGACCUGGAUCUAAAACAGUUCCAACGACAGCCACGGGUUCUUCUAGUGGUGCUAUUGUAAUGAAUCUCGAGAUGCCCCUUCAGCUCUCCCUCCUUUUCAUCUUCAUGGCUGCGUAUAAUUAAAUUUUCUGCAGCUUCUGAGUUUUCUUUGGGAAUUUUUGGGGCUGUAACUACCAGUUGAGGUCUUGUUUUGUGUCUUGCUUCAAUGUAAUAUCUUCUGUAAAGUUUUUAUUUGUUGCUUGCUAUAAUGUGUAACUGUUCUUCUUAUCGAAAAUAAUGUAUAACUGUUCUACAUACUUCUGCAA